AGUCGAAUCGAUCCAGCAUAAGUUAGCAUAAUGCUAACUUCUCAGCUAAUAUAGAUACUCCUUCAUUAGGAGAAAAUGCCUUUAGGGUCAAUCAUAGAACAGGUUGUGUCUGGCUCUCUUUUACUUUCAUACCAACGAGCAUAAUCCCAUCCAGAUCGCGGCUUGCCUUUUGGCUACACUUCGCCAAAGUUCGCAUUUAGAUUGGCAUCGCUGAAUAUUCAACGAUUGGAAUCGCGAAAAGUGGCUAUCAAGUUAAGAGGAAGAGUUGUUGGACAGAGUGUUGACUUGACCCCAUUUCAUCCGAAAUAGAACCCGUGCCCGGUCAAGAGUCACUCGAAUAAGUCGAGAAAGUCUUCUUGGUGGGCAGAUUUUUAUGAUAGCCCACAGUUCGGUUCUAUCCAGCAAAAGCAGCGGAUCAAGGCAUAGUCAAUACCUAUAAUAAUGGCACGCUUUAAUGGAGUUUUGCUGCUCCUGGCAAUCGUCCUUUUGGCCCUUUUUGUGGCCGACGGCCUGGCGCAGAAAAACCCUAAUAGGCAAAAGCAGCAGAGGCCCGGCAAUCAAAGUGUGGGUAACCACAGAAACAAGCGUCCAAAGCCCCAACAGACCCAGAAACAGAAGCCCAGCAAGCAAAAGGUGCAGAAUGUUGAAGAACCCAAGGUGUUCACCGCAACAGUUCCCAAUUUGGGAAGGCUCCGCGGGCGAAAGCUCACCACCGAUUGGACUGGAAAAAGGAUAAUGCAGUUCCUAGACAUACCCUAUGGCAAAGCCGAGCGAUUUAAGCCAGCUGAACCUGCACCAUCCUGGAGGGGAGUUCUUCCUGCUCAUCGUCCUCACGCCGGCUGUCCAUCCAUACAGGAUCUGCUUGUGUUUGCCAAGCUGGAAGAGGAAGGCUUCGAUGUCGAGGACUGUUUGCGUCUUACCGUAAAUACAAAGGCGAUGGAGGGCCAGUCCCUGCCGGUGAUGGUGUACAUCCACGGCGACUUCUUCUACGACGGUGACUCGGUGGAGGCAGCUCCCGGAUAUUUGCUGGAGCAGGAUGUGGUCCUGGUGUCCGUGCGCUACCGCCUGGGUCCCUUUGGCUUCCUGUCCACGCUGACGGACGAGAUGCCCGGCAAUGCGGCGGUGACCGACAUUAUCCUGGCGCUCAAGUGGGUGCAGAAGCAUAUCGCAUCUUUUGGCGGCGAUCCGCAGCGAGUGACGCUGUUCGGCCAGGUGGGCGGAGCAGCUCUGGUCAACGUGCUCACCUUGAGUCCGGCAGUACCGACUGGUCUGUUCCAUCGUGUCAUCUAUCAGUCGGGCACUGCCCUGUCGCCCGCCUUCAUCACGGAUAGUCCUUUGGGAUCCACAAAGGCCAUUGGCAAGAUUGCCGGGUGCAAACAGACCACUAAGGCUGACCAGCUGAACAAGUGCUUGAGCCGCCUGAAUGCCACCAUGCUCCUGGCCGCCUUCAGCGUCCACGGCGAGGAUCAGCCCUCGCUGUCGGGCGGAGCCUAUGGUGGAGUCCAGCUUGUGAUCGGCGGACCGUCCGGUAUUCUGCCAGAGCAUCCCGGUCGCCUGCUGGCCGCCGAAAAGUUCCAGGCCUAUCCCACUAUGGGCGGCAGCGUCAAACACGGCGGAACCUUCAUGCUGAGAGAUAUAUUCGCUGAUAUAUUUAACGAAACGAUUUUGGACGAUAAAAUGUCUGGACGGCAGUAUAUCGAUACCAUUAUUGAACAGGCUAAUGGCGCAGAUCCCAGUGGAUCCUGGAAAGAGUUCUCUGAUGAGGAAAUCUUUACCGAUUCCGAUGUUAAAAACGGCAGCUUCAAACGCUUGACCCCAGGUCUGAUCGAUCUUUGCAGUACAAUUUCUCUGAAGAAUCCCGUGCUGCUGGUAAUGCAGGCCAACGCCAAGAAGCUGCCCAACAGUACCUACCUAUACAGCUUUGAUUACGAGGGCGAGCAAAAUCGCUAUGCGACAGGUGAUGACGAGGCCAGCUUCGUGCCCUUUGACAUGGGAGUCUCUCUGACCGACGACAACCUGUACCUGUUCCCGUGGCCCCGAUUCCUGGCUCUGAACUCGAACCGCGACCUCAAGGUGGCCAGACGCAUGGUGGCCCUGUGGACAUCCUUUGCGACCACGGGAGUUCCCAGUGCUCCUGGCCUGCCCAAAUGGCCGACAAUGAGUGACGAAACAGGCCCUUACAUGAGGAUCGGUCGCACUGUCAGCUUCGGGGACAAUUACCUGGACGAAUACCGCAUCGCCGUCGAGGAGGUGAAGCAGGGUUACAGCCUUGUCAACGAGGACUACUACGAUCUGGAGUCGGCUCUGCUGGCGGCCAGUAAGCAGGACAGCCUGCCCGCCUCCAACGAGGAGGAGGACCAGGACGACUUCGAGGGCGAGGCCGAGCGGGCCGCCAACGAGGUUCGAGGCCAGAACUUGGUCUUUAUUGCCAGGAAGUCGACGCGCACCCAGAAGCAGUAAAACCAACGACUCAAUCGAUCUACUUUUUCCUACUACUUAUUUAAUCAAAUAACUUCUUAAUAUAUUUCUGAAAACAAAACAUGCAC